CCUUUUCCCUUUCUCCUCCAUUUCCGAGACCAUAGCGACCCGUCUGGGCGAGACAAAAGAUUCCCAGUUCGAGCAUCAUUUAAAUUAAUAUAUAAAUAUAUAUAUUUUAAUCAAAAAAUAAAAAUAAAUAAUGGCAAACCCUAGAGUUUUCUUCGACAUCACUGCAGGUGGAAACCCGCUCGGCAGAGUGAUUAUGGAGCUGAGAGCUGAUGUCGUCCCCAGGACAGCAGAGAACUUCAGGCAGCUGUGCACGGGGCAGCCUGGCUUCGGCUACAAAGGCUCCACCUUCCACCGUGUCAUCCCUAAUUUCAUGUGCCAGGGUGGCGACUUCACAAACCACAACGGAACCGGUGGCAAGUCCAUCUACGGCCACAAAUUCGAGGACGAGAACUUCUCUCUGAAGCACACGGGGGCUGGCUGCCUGUCCAUGGCCAACGCCGGACCCAACACCAACGGCUCGCAGUUCUUCAUCUGUACAGCGAACACCAGCUGGCUGGAUGGGAAGCACGUGGUCUUCGGUCAGGUCGUGGAGGGUAUGGAAGUCAUCAAGAAGGUGGAGGGCUACGGCAGCAACAGCGGCAAAACCAGCGCCCAGAUCGUCAUCGCCGAUUGCGGCCAGCUCUAGACGCUUCCUGUCCUACCCACGUCUCCUGCACACCCUGAUCUCUUAGUCCCCGUGAAACACUGCUCAAAUCGCUGCGUUCCUGUCCUGCUUCGACACCCGCUAAUCUAUUUCCCUUACACCGUCCACUCACGAGUUGCCUCUUUUUUCUUUUCUUUAAUUUUUUUUUUUUUUAAGAUCGUUUUCAUUUUCAUUCGAAAGUAGAAGCCCACGGGCUGUGAGAUUCAUGUAUCAAAAUCUGAAAAUAAAAAGGGGGAACAACGA